GUUAGCAACCCCAUCAACAGAUCAUCACAGACCUUCACACUGAUUCUGACCCAUCCACCAACCCUCUUCAGGGUCUCCGAUAUUGCCUGCGUUGGAGACGAGAUUGAGGAAAAAAAAGGAGAUAGUCCAGCUUAGUGGAGGGGCAGCCAGAAAAGCCAGAAAAGUCCAAGCACUGGUCCUUUCGUCCAAAACACACACAGAAGGAUCAACAGUAUGUUGUGUGAUAUCAUGUCACCUGCUCCGGGAAGGGCACACACAAGAUGCAGCAAGAAACCCACGGUGUAUCUCAAUCAUCCGAGGUUAUUCGAAGGCGACGGUCAAAUGAGCGCCUUAAGGGGCCGGUUGGCGGUUCCAAAUAUUGACGAGUACCUCAAGCGAAAGGACCAUGUGGUCUUCGUGGUCAAGAAAUGGGUUGAUUGCGAUGAACACGUCGACGCAAUCCAGAAGUCGUUCCAUCCUCUGCCGAUGUCCAAUGACCCCGAGAUUCCCGCAUCGGUCCAGCCAUACUUCUCUAUUCUCCAAAAUCACAGCCCUUUGGCCGACAUCGUGUCGGAAACCAUGGAGCUGAUCUCCGAGACCCUUCGGCAGACCGUCGUGAAAGUGACUGGGAUGAACUCCGACGACAUCGCGCCUCAUGGCAUAGUCAGGAAUCUGGACACGAUGAGGGACCGCCUCUACUACAUCAGCCGGGAGGAGGACUACUUGAACAUGCCCACGCCGGCGCAACUGCUCCACCUCAAUGUUCUGCUGGAGUACAUGGAAUCCCAGAAUAGAGCCGAGUACGAAAAGGUUGAUAGGCUGAUUUCACAGGGGCUGAUCACAGAAAAGUAUCUGCCAAGGCUGUACGGCCCGGAGCAGAUCUUGAUGACCAGUGUGGACGGUCAUGUUCGCGGGUACAUGCUGGAGAGUGCCCCCAUCAACAGGCUAUCCGUAUCGUUGGAGCUGUGGUCCUGGCGAUUCAAUGGGAUGUUCUUCAAGCAAAGGGAGACUCGGUCACUGAGCUGGCCGUCUGCUGUGCCAGCGGAUUAGCCCAUCCCUAUUUCAGACCUGUCCAUCUAUCCGUUGAGAUACGUCUCCCAGGAGUCAAUCAAACAACUCAAGGCUAGGGGGCAUUU